UCUUUAAUUACAGCAGGUAAAUUUUAAUGUGAUUUCAGUGUGUAGCCUCUCUUUCACAAAUGGAGGAGUUUUUGAAAAUGUCGAUGGAGAAAAACCCUUGACUUUGAAGACGACAACAUUUAAGACUGAUCAAAGGAGAGUCUUUGCUGUAUUUUGUGUAACAGCGGAAAGUCGCCUAAAAACUAAACUAAACUGCGAAGUUCGCGGAAGCCAUUACUGAGCUCAGAACAGACUGCGGUCGCGCCGCACUGGAGGAACAGAAUUGGACACGAGCAAGAAUUUAAGCAAAGAAAAAAAAAAAAGGGUAAACGCAGAAAACUGUAAUAAUAAAGAGAAAAUAAACAUUACUUCCACGAAGAUUUUCAGCCACUUUCGCUCUGUUUUCUUGGUCUUGCUCACGUUUUCAACUGGGAAGUGAACACUGCCUGCCUGCCUGAUUAUAGGCGUGGCCCUGAUUACCUGUCGCAGACCGAGACCUGCUUCAGGUACGGAAUGGCGUCUGCAUCUUCUCUCCUGGAAGAGGAGCUCUCCUGUCCUGUGUGCUCUGAAAUCUUCAGGGAUCCUGUUGUCCUGAGUUGCAGUCAUAGCUUCUGUGAGGCCUGUCUGCAGCAGUAUUGGGGGCAGAAGGGAUCUCAGGAGUGCCCAGUUUGCAGGAGAAGAUCUUCGAAGGAUCGUCCCCCCAUUAGUAUGUAUCUGAGGAAUAUCUGUGAGGCGUUCUUAAAGGAGAGAAGUCAGAGAGCUAAAGCAGGAUCUGAAGUGCUCUGCAGCCUGCACAGUGAGAAACUCAAACUCUUCUGUCUGGAUGAUGUUGAACCCCUCUGUGUCGACUGUUUAACAGGGUCACACAUGAAUCACCGCUUCUGUCCAAUACAAGAGGCUGCACUGAAGUAUAAGGGGAAACUCAGGACUGCACUGGCUCCACUGCAGGAGAAGCUAAGAGCCUUUAAUGCAGUGAAACUAGUCUGUGAUCAAACAGCAGAGCACAUCAAGAGCCAGGCCCAGCACACAGAGAGACAGAUAAAGAUGGAGUUUGAGAAACUUCAGCAGUUCCUAAAAGAUGAAGAGGCAGCCAGGAUCACUGCACUGAGGGAGGAAGAGGAGCAGAAGAGUCAGAUGAUGAAGGAGAAGAUUGAGAAGAUGACAGAGGAGAUAUCAUCCCUUUCAGAACAGAUCAGAGCCAUAGAACAGGAGCUGGGAGCUGAAGACGUCUCAUUCCUGCAGAGCUACAAAGAGGUGGAGAAACGAGCCCAGUGCACACUGGGGGAUCCAGAGAAGGUCUCAGGAGCGCUGAUUGAUGUGGCCAAGCACCUGGGCAAUCUGAAGUACAGAGUGUGGGAGAAGAUGCUGGGGACUGUUCAAUACACUCCUGUGACUCUGGACCCAAACACAGCACAUCCUGAACUCUCACUGUCUGAGGAUCUGACCAAUGAAGUGUCUCUGAUAAUCAGUGCCAUCGGGAAGUAG